UAUUUUAAGACUUCGAAGUUGGGGAUCGAGCAAAGCAACUGUUUAUUGCGUAGUUGUCCUGUCGAGAAUGCCGGCAGAAUAUGUUCUGGUUUUUGCUAUUAUUGAUUGAGUAGUUGGUAUAUGUGGAAGUUCGACCAGGUAGUAUGUGACCGGUUGAAUCACUGUGGUGGUCGACUCCGCUAUAAAUAAUGUAAAGGAUGCCGGGUUGGUUCCGGCAUUUUCGCAUGCAAGUCAUGCCGAAGGUGGUGUCGACUCGAAUUCUGUGUGGAGUUUUUGGUUCUGACGAUUAUCCGAGUUCGCUUGGGGUGAUUAGAUGAGAGUGUUGCAUUGAGCUCAUGAAUUAGGAGGGCGGAAUUGUGGACGGGCAGAGGGAAGGCGAAGUCGCUGUCGAUAGCGAAAUCCUCAUGGAUAAUAGUUAGGGUUUAGUGCUAAUCAGCGAAGAAUUUCGAGGAUUUUGUAGCCAUGAGAAUGGCUGGCUGGUUAGCGUUUGGCCUUCUUCUCCUCAUCCAGGCCGCAGCUCCAGUGUUGGGGCUUGACACGUGUGCUAUGUAUGAUAUUUGUGGAAAUCGAACCGAUGGGAAACCACUCAAUUGUGCAACUCCCUCUCCCGCAGUCACUCCGGAUAGAGCUUUUUCACUUAAACUACAAAGCCUGUGUCCCACGAUCGUUGGAGAUGUCUGUUGCACACCGACUCAAUUCAACUUAUUGCGGUCUAACGUUCAGCAGGCUGUUCCUUUUCUCACUGGAUGUCCUGCAUGCUUGCGGAAUUUCCUCAACUUCUUCUGUGAAUUCUCGUGCUCCCCUAACCAAGGCUCCUUUCUUAAUGUAACUGCUGUCAAUGGGGCAAAUAAUGCCGUUGCUGCUCUUGAGUUCUUUAUCACCGACGAGUAUGGUCGCAAAUUUUAUGACUCGUGCAAGGAUGUCAAGUUCACUUCCAUGAACAUUCGUUCCAUGGACUUUAUUGGAGGGGGCGCUCAAAAUUACUCGGAGUGGUUUGCGUUUAUGGGUAAAGAAGCUGCUCCUUCUUUACCAGGCUCCCCUUAUCCGAUCAGUUUCCGCACUGAUGUCAAGGAAGGCAAUCCUGCAGUAACGCCUUUCAAUUCUUCCGUUAUUGCGUGCUCCGAUCCUUCCUUCGAAUGUUCGUGUGGGGACUGUCCCUUGGUGAACAGCUGUGCUGAGCCAAAUCCACCUGCUCCCUCUGAAACUAAAGGAUGUCAUGUUCAAAUUGCCGGAUCCCAGGUUGCAUGUUUGACUCUGGCCGUGAUCAUACUUUACGGAUGCCUUGUGGUCAUCAUAUUGGGCUGGUGGUUGAUGUUCCGCUCACCACGGAAGGAAAUGAGUUCGAAAGAGCGACUCAACCCAGAUGCUCAAAGUGAUCUAGCUAACAAAGCACAGCAAACUGAUGUUGAUUCUCAAAUUCGCUCUCCUAAUGAAUUAGACCGACUUGAUCCAAAGCAUCAAAAUCAUCCAGCUAAGGAAAAUGAAGCCGUAUCUCGGCUAGCAGGAGCAGGAGCACCUUUCAUGGUAACUUUCUUGUCCAACAGAUUCAGAAUAUAUGGGGAGUUGGUCGCCUACAAUACGAAGAAGGUCUUGGCAAUCGCUAUUGUAAUAACAGUAGUUCUUUGUUUGGGCUUGAUCCGCCUUCGCGUUGAGACACGUCCAGAAAAGCUUUGGGUAAGUUAUGGAAGUAAGGCUGCAGAAGAAAAAAAGUUUUUCGACAGCCACCUAGCGCCCUUCUAUAGAAUUGAACAGCUCAUUCUGGCAACAGUUCCAGGAAGCAAGGAUUCGCCUCCACCAAGUAUUGUGACAGACGCUAAUUUGAAGCUUCUUUUCGACCUUCAAGAGAAGGUUGACAAUGUGCGAGGGAACCACUCUGGAAAACUGAUCUCCCUUCAAGAUAUUUGUCUCAAGCCUCUAGGAACACCGUGCGCGACUCAAAGUAUACUACAGUACUACCAAAUGAAUGUUAGUACAUUUCAGGAUGCCUCUCACGCAGAGUUCUGUUUCCAGUACUAUUCAUCAUCUGAGACCUGUCUCAGUGCUUUCGGUGGACCAGUAGAUCCUACCACCAUUUUGGGUGGUUUUACAGGGAAUAACUAUACCCAGGCUACAGCUUUGGUGGUGACUUAUCCAGUUAUAAAUGCAGUUUCAGGAGAGGGAAAUGCUGCUGCCAUAGCCUGGGAAAAUGAAUUUAUUCGCGUUGUUAAGGAAGAGAUUGUGGGAAUGGCAAUAGCAAAUAACUUAACCCUUUCUUAUUCUUCUGAGAGUUCAAUUGAGGCAGAGCUGAAAAGAGAAAGCUAUGCAGAUGCUCUGACAAUUGGAAUAAGCUAUCUUGUAAUGUUUGUGUACAUUGCCUUUACGUUAGGAGAUUGGAAUCCUUCUGUUGCUCCAUUUUACGUGACUUCUAAGGUAUUACUAGGAUUCGUAGGAGUGGCCAUCGUGGCUUUCUCAGUACUUGGAUCCAUUGGGCUUUGCAGUUAUUUUGGAGUUCACUCCACAUUAAUCAUUGUGGAGGUCAUUCCAUUUCUUGUUCUUGCGGUUGGUGUGGACAAUAUGUGCAUCUUAGUACAUGCUUUAAAACGUCAAGACCUCAAUUUAAACUUAGAGACUCGUGUAGGGCUCGCCCUAGCAGAAGUGGGUCCUUCUAUCACUCUUGCAAGCGUAGCUGAGGUUCUGGCUUUCACUGUGGGAAUCUCCACCCCUAUGCCUGCUUGUAGAGUGUUUUCUCUCUUUGCAGCGGUAGCGGUGUUAUUGGAUUACCUGCUACAAAUCACUGCGUUCGUGGCUGUUCUUACUCUCGAUUUCCGCAGAAGUGAAAGUGGUCGUGUAGACUGCGUUCCCUGCAUUCAUGUUGGAAGAAAGGAACCAGGUGACGUUUCAUUGGGAUUACCAAAUGAGCAACGUCAUAAUCCUGGUUUGCGUCAGCGAUACAUGAAGAAUUAUCAUGCUCCAUUUUUGAGUAUUCCAGCAGUAAAAGCCUCUGUCUUGGCCAUCUUCUUUGGUUUGCUGUUCGCUAGUAUUGCAGUCAUUCCAAGAAUUUCAAUCGGUUUGGAACAGAAGAUUGUUUUGCCAAGUGAUUCGUACCUUCAGGGCUAUUUUGACAAUAUAACUGAGUAUCUUCGAGUUGGACCACCUGUAUACUUUGUUGUCAAGGAUUACAAUUACAGCAUUGGUAGCAACCAGACGAACAAGUUAUGCUCCAUCAAUCAGUGUGAUCCGAACUCCUUGCUCAAUGAGAUCUCAAGAGCAGCUUUGUCGCCUCAAUCGAGUUUCAUCGCUCGACCGGCUGCAUCUUGGUUGGACGAUUUCCUGAUAUGGCUGUCACCAAACGCCUUUGGGUGCUGCCGAAAAUUUCAAGAUGGAGGCUAUUGCCCCCCAGUUGAUCAGUGUGGACUAAACAACACAUGUAGUGAAUGCACUACGUGUUUCUUGCAAUCGGAUUUAGUUGAAGGACGACCAUCAACUGAGCAAUUUCGGAGCAAAUUACCAUGGUUUUUGGCCGCACUUCCUUCUGCGGAUUGUUCCAAAGGCGGCCAUGGAGCCUAUACAAACAGUCUUGACCUUGCUGGAUACGAUAGUGGGAUUAUAAAGGCAUCCGAGUUUCGUUCGUAUCACACUCCUUUGAACAAGCAGAGUGAUUUUAUUGAUGCACUUCGUGCAGCGAAGAAUUUCGCCAAGAAAAUAUCCAAGUCUUUAAACAUUGAGGUGUUUCCUUAUUCAGUGUUCUACAUAUUUUUUGAGCAAUAUCUGGACAUUAAGAACACUACUGCUCUCGGUCUCUCAGUUGCUUUGGCGGCUGUUUUUGUAGUUUGCUUGGUCAUUACCAUGAGUAUUUCAACGGCUAUAACUAUCAUAUUUGUCAUCUCAAUGAUAAUUGUUGAUCUGAUGGGCCUCAUGGUGAUAUGGAACAUCCAACUUAAUGCUAUAUCUGUUGUGAACCUGGUGAUGGCUACUGGCAUUGCCGUCGAGUUUUGCGUCCACAUCACUCAUGCCUUCACUAUGAGCACAGGAGAUAAGGGAGAGAGAGCAAGUAAAGCUCUUGUUCUGAUGGGAGAACCAGUCUUCAGUGGAAUUACUCUUACGAAAAUGGUGGGAGUUUUGGUGCUAAAUUUCGCACAGUCUAAGAUUUUUAAGGUGUACUAUUUCCGGAUGUACCUUGGCCUGGUUGUUCUAGGCGCGUUGCACGGGCUUGUUUUCUUGCCCGUCUGGUUGAGCGUGGCAGGUCCUGACCCAUUAGUUGAGCAAAAACUCCCUUCGCUGUGUAAUCGUUUCUGGCGAUCUGUCGCCACUCGCCGGCCUGGUUCAAUAGGCACCGACUCUGCAGGAAAGUAAAAGGAACAACAAGUGCAUAUUAUUUUGCGUAAAUUAUCUGAUAUAGGUAACGUUCUUUGUCGAUGGUCGAAGGAGGAAUGAGAGCAAACGAACGAAGGUGAUCGGUGGUAAAGUGCAUCUUCUCACUUCCCUUGUGUUUCAGGGUUUCACUACAUUGCCUGUCUGGUUGAUUCGCCUCAUCCAUGGACUAUGUGACUGCCUAGCAUCCAUCACUUUCAGGCUUAUAUAUUGUGAAUCAUGGCCUUCAUUUUGUAUACUAGUCUGUUCCAGAUUCCAGCUAUAUUAGGUCUGUAAUAAGCAAGCGCGGUUGUUGAGUUUCUUCAUGUUGUCUAGCAAGGUCGGUAUUGGGUGCAGAAUGCUCUUCCCUUAACACGAUGACAAUUUUGUAGAUAGAGUGGUUUUUUGCAUCAGAAUGAAAUCCUGAAUGUUACGUGGAAUAAAAAGUUUAUUAGAAAAACAGCUUUAAA